UUGUUCGGUUAGUCAGUGAUUGUUGGUGGCGGUGUGUGGACGCGCGUGGCUUAGUGACUCGUGGACAGCUGACUAUGUGGGUCUGAUUGGACCACUUAACUCAUUGAAGGGACUCGGCGGGGACCGUGCAAGGAUUAAGGAUACACGCGACAGCCAUGGGGUUCCGCAACUAUCUAGUCAUACUGAGCUGGGCGCUGUCUCUGACCAGCUACGCUGGGACCUCCACCCUGAGUCUGCCAGCCCUGAAGACCUUCACUCUGGAAGAGCUGGUGCCUCCACGGCCGGACCUGUACCCUGAACGACUCAACGUGCAGUGGAUAUCAGGAAAGGAGUACAUUUAUACGGAGCCCGGUAUUGGGUUGCGUAAAUAUAACGCCGAGACUGACACCACCAGCAUAUUCCUCGCCAACCACGAAUUAAUUAACCUAGGAGGACUAUCAAUAGGCGAUUUUUCCAAAGAUGGAAAAUAUAUGCUGUUAUCAGAGGCUAAAAAGAGGAUUUAUCGAUACUCCAGUGUUGCUGAGUACUCCAUAUAUGAUACUGAAAAUCAAACUAUAGCGAGGAUCGGAGGUGGACCCAUUCAUUACGUGGAAUGGGGAUCCGACACGUCUCUGGCCUUCGUGAGAGACAAUAACGUGUAUUACAUGCCGGACGUGACUGCUCCCGACUUAGUCAAGGCGCUGACUACCGAGGGGGUACCGGGAGAGGUCUACUUCGGCAUCACUGACUGGAUUUAUGAAGAGGAGGUGUUCAACUCGGAAGGAGCGAUAUGGUUCUCUCCAGGCGGGGAGUACCUGGCAGUUGCCUCUUUCAACGACACGGAAGUCCCCAGCGCCUCAUACCCGUACUAUGGAGACCCUACUGACCUGAACAGCCAGUACCCUCAUAUUGUCUCUUUCAAGUAUCCCAAGGCAGGUCGCAUGAAUCCAGUGGCAGCCCUGCACGUCCACAAACUGAACAAGCCUAACAGUGAACCCUGGCCGGUCCCCAUUCCAGUAAACCUGGUCGGCACCGAUAACAUCCUCGGCCGAGUAAACUGGGCCUCCAAGAACAUACUCGCAGUACUGUGGCUGAACAGACGACAAAAUGUCAGCGUGCUCAUGAACUGCAACAUGGAUUUGGAGCAAUGUGUCAUAGUUAAAGAGCACAGAGAGCCCAAUGGCUGGAUCGACAUAGCAGAGCCGUUCUUCGACGAAUCCGGAACGAAAAUGGUGGAGAUCUUCCCGAUGUAUUACGGCGACCGGCGGUACAUGCACGCAGCUCUGUUUGACUACAAAACGUUGAAGACUGUUGACUUGAGCGUUGGGAAUUCGACAGUGACUAAAGUCUUGGGCUGGAACCUGAAGUUGGAUACUGUGUAUUUCAUCGUUGCUCCUUCGGGUAUCCCGUGGCAGAGACAGCUGUGGGCACACUCGGGCGGCGCCGCGCGCUGCGUCUCCUGCAAGGACCCGGCGUGUCACCACGUGGUCGGGGAGUUUGCACCAGGCGCUGACUAUGCCAUCCUCACAUGCAGUGCCAUGAACGAUCCGCCUAGAAACUAUUUGUUUAGCAGUAAGGACGAGUCCUUCAAAUUACUCCACGACAAUGGGAGACUGAGAAGGAAACUAAGCCAGUAUAAGCUACCGAUGUCACUGUUUAACACGCUGACUAUAAAUGGUGAACGGGCGAAUGUGCAACUGUUGCUGCCUCCGGACAUGGAACCCAACAAGAAGUACCCGAUGGUGGUGAGGGUCUACGCAGGCCCUGGCUCGUCGAGGGUUCGGGAUAACUUUGAUCUUGACUACUCAACCUACCUGGCAGCGAACCGCAGCUUCAUCGUGGGCUCCAUCGACGUGCGCGGCUCCGACGUGCUCGGGGUCGAGGCCAUGCACGCCGUCAACAAUGCGCUGGGGACGUACGAGGUGGCUGACACACUCGCUGUUAUUAGACGCCUGGUCUCCCUUCACUCAUUCAUCGACGGGGCUCGCGUGGGCGUGUGGGGCUGGAGCUACGGCGGCUUCGCGAGCACCAUGAUGCUGGUGCAGGACCAGGAGAAGACCCUGGCGUGCGGCGCCGCCGUCGCGCCCGUCACCUCCUGGCUGUACUAUGACACAAUCUACACCGAGCGCUACAUGGACACGCCAACACACAACCCGGACGGCUACCUGCGGUCCGACCUCAUGUUGCGGGCGGCGGGGCUGCGCGGGCGCCGCUUCCUGCUGGCCCACGGCAGCGGAGACGACAACGUGCACUAUCAGAACUCAGUCAUGCUGGCGAAGCAGCUGCAGCAUCUGGAUAUCGAGUUUGAGCAGAUGACAUACACUGACGAGAGCCACUCGCUGCUGGGGGUGAGCCGGCACUUGUACCACACACUUGACCGUUUCUGGAGCGAGUGUUUCGCGUGACGAGCAGUGGAAUGAAGACAAAAAAGACUGUUUAAUAUUGUACUUCUACUGUGCUUUUGGAAGUGACUUGGGAGAAGUGGUGAUUGACAUUGGAAGAGCAGGCUCAUAAUUUUAUUGUAAUGAAGAUACCUACAGUAUUUUUUGGACCAACUACAGUUACAAGUAUGAAAAGCGAAAUUGAAUGGCUAUGUACCUACCUGUGGAAUGUGGCUAUGUUACUCGUAUCAUAUUUCGCUUUUAAUAUUUGAAUAGAUAAUUAUUACCUACACUAAAAAUAAACCAACUUCAUUGACGAAACUAUGAUUGAAUAUUGUAAGAAUGUAGCAAAAGACGAUUCAAUGUAAUUUAGAAUGUUAGUAAUCUUAAGUUUACCUGAUACCUGUAGAUAUAGGCAAAUAAACUUAAUAACUAUACUUAUAAAA